CGCGCCAGCCCAGCCGCCAGCCCGACGGCGGCGCGGGGACGCCGGCCGGGAUCGUUCGGUCCGGCGGCAGCGGCCACGGCCGGGGCGCCGCGUCGGGGCCAGGAUUGGGGCCAUGCUGGGCCGGCGGCGCGUCUUCGCCGUGGAGCCGCUCCACGGCGGCCGGGAUGGGACUGGCGAGGACCUGGCACGUGGCUGUGUAGUGCCUGGAGUCACCAGCACCUACAGACGGAUCCCAGACGCUGCUCUAGGGUGCUCGGCAGACUCCUGGAAUGGGGAUGGCAGGCUGAGAGGUCUCAGGAAGCAGGUGCUGCUUCUCAAACCGACCUCCCAGGACUCAGGAGUGGAGAUGGCAGUGGGAGAAAGCUCCCUGGCCACCUCACUGGGCCUUUCUCAAGACUCUCUGAGCUUUGAGCCCACGGGGAGCCCUAAGCCCCAGGCCCUUGGUGUCAUGGAGCCUCCUGCCCACUUUAGCCGGCUUCUGGCCAGCCGGAAGCUGGAGCAGGUGCUGGAGCGGUCCUGCCAGCUCCCGACUUCCCCUGCCAGCUCAUCACAACACUGCUGCUGCCAGAAGCCGCCCAGCAAGCCUGAGAGUGAAAUGCCCCUUUGUGGAGCAGGGGGACAGGAGGCCACCAAGGCAGAGAGUGACCUAGAGGCUGGCCUGGAAAAACCAGAGGUGGUGGAGGGCUUGGGGCCUGAGGCCUGGGCCUGCCUUCCUGGGCAGGGUCUUCGCUACCUGGAACACCUGUGCCUGGUGUUGGAGCAGAUGGCAAGGCUGCAGCAGCUGUGCCUGCAGCUGCAGACUCAGAGGGCCCUGGGGGUGAGUGAGCUGUGGGCGCUCAGGCAAGCAGGCGGGCAGGAUCCUGAAGAGGAGAAGGAGUCGGCCCUGGCCCCUUCACUCCCACCCUCUCACACCCCAGGCAGUGAGGUACAUGGGCCAUGGGAGCAACUCAGCCAAACAGAGACAGGAGCAAAAACAGCUUCACCCCUAAAGGCAGGCGCGCCCAGUGCCAGGCCUCCCAGGCUGUCAGAGGCCCCGGCAGAGCCAGCUCAUACCUUUCCAUCCUCCCAGGGACACAAGCGGGAUCUCUCCCACUGGAACAAGGUCAAGGUCCUGCUCAACCGGAUCCGGUGGAGGAGCCUUCGACCUGCUGGACCCCCUGCCCCUCCUGAUGGCCCUGCCCCCAGGAUUGCAUCAGGUGACCUCCCUGACAGGCCUCCGUGCCACCCCCUCCGGAAGACCUUUAUGCCAUCAUUAGUGGUUAAGAAGCAACGAGCCAAAAACCUUUCGGUGUGUUGAGACCUCUUGGUGCAGGCAGGGACGUGACCCCGGGUCAGCGGAGUGCAGUGAAGUCCUCCUCCUCGCCCUUUGCCCUGUUGCUGCUUCGGGACACUGCCGGGAAAAGCUGCUGACCUCACCCUCCUCUCUGAGGCGAGGGCUGAGUUUCUCUGAGCAGCCGAGGAGCCCUGGGCCCCUGCGAGGCCUCAGGUGCAGCAGCUCUCAGGCUCCUCCCUGACUGCCAGAAAUCCCUGGGCUUAGGCAAUGUGAACUUAUUUAUCUGGCACCCAUGGAGUGUGUUUGGCACGGCGAUCUAUCGGCACCCAGCAUGUCGCAGAUGUAUAUUUAUGCAAAAUGAUAUAUAUGUAUAUAUCUGUGGGACUGUCAGUGUUGUGAACUGGCUGGAUCCAACUGGAUCCAACCAUCUUUCUGGAAUCAUGCACUCAAAGAGUCGGUCUUCCGGGAGUUCCCAUCAUGGCGCAGGGGAAACGAAUCUGACUAGGAACCAUGAGGUUAUGGGUUCAACCCCUGGCCUCACUCAGUGGGUUCAGGAUCCAGUGUUGCCGUGAGCUGGAGCUGUGGUGUAGGUCGCAGACACGGCUUGGAUCUGGUGUUGCUAUGGCCCUGGUGUAGGCCGGUGGCUACAGCUCUGAUUUGACCCCUGGCCUGGAACCUCCAUCUGCUGUGGGUGCGACCUUAAAAAAGAACAAAAGAGGGAAAAAAAAAAAAGUCAGUCUUCCAGGAUGAAGUGACUGCAGAAGGAUGGAACUGACCUUCAUUCCUGAGUGGACACUUACUGAGCUGGAGUCCUGCCUUCCUUCUCAUACUGCGUGGGCAGCCCCACCGAAAGUGGGGUCCAGUUGUUAGCUGCUCUAAAGUCAAUAAAGAUGCAAACUUGGUGGAAA